AUGCCCAACAAGAUGUUCUACGAGAUAUUCAUCCCCUCAGUCCUCCUCGUCCUCAUUGCUACCAUCGCGGCAUUACACCACUACAGGCCAAAAGUCUUCCCCGGUCUAUGGAACAUCCUACGCAACGCACUAGAGUUGCCUAGUGCCUUUAGUUAG